GUGGGCGUCCUGAGUGAAUCAACAGAAAGGGAACUUUCAGGGCAUUCUGGACACUACAGUGAGUUGCUAUCAGAAAGUGACAAGACAGGCCAGGGCUCGUUAGCAUGCUAACUUCAGUAGAAAAAAGAGUGAUAGACAUAGAAGCAGAGAAAAAGAUGACAUAGCCAUCAUCAUGACAGGAACAAAGUUUGACGAAUUAAGAGUUUGAUUCAUGGAGCGAGGGAGGAGGGGGGGUUGUGUCAGGAGAGGAGGGAGAGGAGAUAAGAGCUGUACACAGACAGAGCUGUGGUCAUACAGCUGUCAGAGCUCAGCAGCUUCUCCUCUCUGAUGAUGGAAGAAGAUGAACUCUGCUUCCCACAGCUCCUCAACACCUCCUGCAAGAAGCCAAAGCCUCCUCACUCUGGGGCAGUGCUCCUUUAUACCUUGUUGUUCUUCAUAUCUGUGCUCACUGCUGCUCUAAACCUGCUGGUCAUUAUCUCCAUCUCCCACUACAGGCAGCUCCACUCCCCCACCAACCUCCUCCUCCUCUCUCUGGCGGUCUCAGACUUCUUCGUGGGCCUCUUGCUAAUCCCAAUUGAGACCCUUAAAACAGGGACCUGCUGGGUCCUUGGUGACCUCCUGUGUGCUCUGUAUUUUCUUAUACCUUACAUCCUUAUCUCUGCCUCUGUGGGAAGCAUGGUGCUCAUAUCAGUCGACCGUUAUGUGGCUAUUUGUGACCCCAUGCAUUACUCCACCAGGAUCACUGAUAAAGUUGUUACUAUCAGUGUUUGUCUGUGUUGGAUCUGUUCUGUUUUCUACGGCAUUUUCAUUUUAUUUAAUCACCUGAAACAACCAGGCCGGUAUAAUUCCUGCUAUGGAGAGUGUCUGGUUAACAUUGCAGGAGAUGUGGACCUCGUUGUUGCCUUCAUCAUUCCUAUUACAGUCAUUGUAGCUCUGUAUAUGAGAGUGUUUGUGGUGGCAGUGUCUCAGGCUCGUGCCAUGCGCUCUCAUGUUAGAACCGUCACAGUCCAGAAUACAGUGACUCUGACGACAAAGAAGUCUGAGCUGAAAGCAGCCAGGACUCUUGGUGUUGUUGUAGUUGUGUUUCUGAUUUGCUACUCUCCAUACUAUUAUCUUUCUCUCACAGGCGGCAGCAUCUUGGUUGGUUCUUCAACUGAGACUUUUAUGAGCUUUCUGAUGUAUUUUAACUCCUGUCUGAACCCUGUCAUCUACGCCUUCUUCUACCCCUGGUUUAGAAAAGCUGUAAAACACAUUGUCACUCUUCAGAUUCUGCAGCCUGGCUCCUGUGAUGCAAACGUACUGUAGAGACACUGUGCUGGGAUUUUCUUUUUGAUAAUU